UGAGACUCCACAGGAGUCAGUCUGCAAAGAGAACUGGUGGAACAAGAAGGAAGAUCACCUUUUCCAAGCUCCACUACAUUAUUUUUGAUAGAGAGAAGCUGAAAAAUCAGCUUUGAAAUGCUGACAAUAAGUCAAGCGUUUGUAGUUCUGGUCAUUUUUUUGUUAAUUGUUCAAUUUCUCAAACUGCGAAAGGCAUGCCAGCAAUUCCCUCCUGGACCAACUCCUCUCCCAUUGCUUGGAAACUUGGUGCAAAUGAACUUUCAGUUACAUCGGGAUCUUCUGAUGGAGCUGGCAAAAACUUACGGCAACAUAUACACCUUGUGGUUCGGGUGGGCACCAGUGAUCAUACUGAAUGGAUUUCAGGCAGUGAAGGAUGGCAUGACUACACACCCUGACAAUGUUUCUGGAAGGAUGGUAUCUCCUUUCUUCAGAGCAAUGGCCAAAGGAAAAGGUAUUUUACUAGCAAGCGGUCGCUCAUGGAAGCAGCAGAGGCGCUUUGGUAUAAUGACUCUACGCAGUCUGGGGAUGGGGAAAAAAGGCCUGGAGUAUCGUGUACAAGAGGAGGCCUCUCACCUGGUGGAGUUCUUUGUGAGCCUGAAAGGAAGACCUGUGGAUCCUUCUUUCCCUCUCUUCCAUUCUAUUUCAAAUGUAAUUUGUGCUCUGGUUUUUGGAUAUCACUUCUCUGAUGAGGACAAAACCUUCCAUGAACUGAUCAGUGCCACAGAGAACUUAUUCAGAUUUGCAGGCAGCUUCAUUUAUCAGCUGUAUGAAAUCUUCCCCUGGCUGAUGUGUCGUCUCCCUGGUCCUCAUAAGAAGGCAUUGUCUUGCUAUGAUGUCCUCAGUUCUUUCGCGAGGAAGGAGAUCAGAAGACACGUGGAGAGAGGGAUGCCAGAUGAACCGCAAGAUUUCAUUGACUUUUACCUGGCUGAAAUAGAGAAAUCUAAAGACGAGGACAAGCCCAAGUAUGAUGAAGACAAUUUGGUGUGUGUUAUAAAUGACCUUUUCCUUGGUGGCUCAGAGACUUCAAGCACAACCUUGUACUGGGGACUGCUCUACAUGGUGGUGAAUCCAGACAUCCAAGAGAAAGUGCAGAAGGAGCUGGAUGCUGUUCUGGGUCCUUCCCAGUUAAUCUGCUAUGAGGAUAGGAGAAAACUGCCCUACACAAAUGCUGUGGUACAUGAGAUCCAGCGCUUCAGCAAUAUUGUCUUUGUUGGCAUGCCCAGACUGUGUGUGAGGAAUACAGAACUGCUAGGUUUCCCCGUCAAAAAGGGCACCAUUGUUUUGCCAAAUAUAGCAUCUGUUCUGUAUGAUCCUGAGCAAUGGGAGACACCUCGGGAAUUCAACCCUGGCCAUUUCCUGGAUAAAGAAGGAAACUUUAAAAAUCGAGAAGCCUUCUUACCGUUCUCAGCAGGGCACCGAGUGUGUUUGGGGGAGAACCUAGCAAGGACCGAGCUCUUCAUUUUCUUUGCCAACCUGCUACGGGCAUUCACCUUCCGCCUUCCCGAGGGAGUGACAAAGAUCAACACAGAACCAAUUUGGGGGGGCACGCUGCAGCCCCACCCGUACGAGGUUUGUGCCAUUCCACGCUAGGCUGCAGCACACCACAGACCAGCGUGAAGCAGCCACCUUUACCUCAGUGAACUUCCUCUCAAAUGUAUAAACCUUCCUCUGCCAGCCAGUAUAUUGGUAUUAGUCUAUCCCAGGACUAUUCAGAAAGUGGACACAAGCCAAGAUCCAGGCAACUUUUGGUUUGGUCCCAGAAAAUCUCGCAAGGAUCUUAACCUGUUUUUUCCUCUUGGAGAGCACCAGAAGCAAGAUGCUGUGGUUCCCAGUUGUGAAGACAGCCUGGUGUGCCUCCAUGCUGUAGCCAAGCAGGAACACUGUGGUGAUCACUGUUGAGCAAACCUCAGUAAAAUUCAGCAGAGGACCUCAGCAAGAGCUAAGCAGGUGUCAUUUCUGUGAGUGGUUUGAUGGCCUUGAGUCAUUUGACUCUGGAAAGUACACCUUGAAAGUCCUACUUUGGUUUUUCUGUCCUGAACUUAGGCACUUUAAUUUGUUGGCAGGUACAAAUAAAAGGGAAACACACUAGAAUAUGGGUGCAUGUCUGAGUUUGAGUUAAGCAUCUCUCCCAUGUGGAAGAUGAAGAGUCAAUUUGAAGUUGAAUAAACUUAAAUUUC